AUGAGCUGGAAAGGCUUGACCAAGACCGUCACCCGGGCGCCGCAAACCUUCAAGCAGAAGUUCAACUUCGGCGAGAUCACAAAGGAUGCCAUAUACCUAGACGCCGAGCGCCGCUUCGACGAGCUGGAGAAGGAGACGAAGCGGCUGCACGACGAAUCCAAAAAGUAG